AUGCACGCGGAAGAAAACUGCCGAGAGGAGGCAGCCCUGAGGAGAAGAACCAACCGAAGGAGAUGGUGUUCAUCAGUACUCAACGGGGGAAAAGUCCUGGUGGGCACCAAUAAGAAGUGGACAUCAUGGGGUGCAAAUUUUAAUUCCGUCUCGAAAGAGGGGAAGCCUGCACAUGGUGAGGCAGAUUCGUCAGUGAAAGAAGCCAAGCCAAGUGAGUACCCUAGUGGAGACAAAGCUACCCCACGUGAGUACCCCAGUGGAGACAAAGCUACCCCACGUGAGUACCCCAGUGGAGACAAAGCUACCCCACGUGAGUACCCCAGUGGAGACAGAGCUUCCCCACGCGAGUACCCCAAGGGGAACCACCUGCAGAACGCGCACUCCCUGCUGCUGACGAAGAAAAUCAAGGAGGCACUAACCAAACUGAGGGACAAGCAGAGCUACAAAAUGAUUUCCAAAAAGAUAAAAACGGAAAAGAGCAAAAUAAACGCGCUGCUCUCCAUGUACCAGUUGAAGAGGGGAAACCUAAAUGGAAGUGUAAAGGGAAUCCCAAUGGAAAGCCUAAAUGAACACACGUACAGGAAAGCCAUCAUGAAUGCCAAGGCAAAAAUCUCGCAGCUUUUAAAAAAAAACAAAAAAAGGUCCUUCGUUGACAUAUACUAUGAAGAAAAAAGAAAAUAUAAAAUAAGAAAGCAAAAGUUGCUAGAAUUGCAAAAGAAAUUAAUUACGAAUUCGAGACUAGCACAAAUAAAUGUAAAAAGGUUUUUCCAAAAAUAUGGCUACAUAGGGUUAGGGACCUACUUCGUUGUGUUCUUUGUUACCUUCUCUUGUUGCUACUUCUUCGUUCACUUCAAAUACAUCUCCCUAUCGGACGUAACGUAUUGGUCUGAAAAGAUGCACUUAACUAAAUAUGUCGAUGACAAUUUGCAGAAAAAAAUUGAUUCUCUUUGGGGCGAACUCCUUUUCGCUUACAUCGCCUCCAAGGUGACUGAACCCGUCCGCAUUGUUAUUACCAUUUUGAUCACUCCCUACAUUGCCAAGGUGGUUCGGCUGAAGCGCAGCAGCCGCAUCAAGUCUUCCUAG